AUGCUUUCUGUCUCUGACGAUGUCCAUCACAGGACGGACGAAAGUCCAGCACGGAGUAAUCAAGGUCUUCUUCACACAAUGCAACACACACGCAAGACCUGGCUUCGAGUCCCGCUAAUGGAGGCUGAUGAGACCAGUCAAGGCGAGCUCGAAACUACAGUCGAAUUCUGCUGUUGUGAAGAGAGCCUUCGCGAUAUUGAACAGAAACGUAAAGUCAACUCGUGGGAUCAUAGGAGGAAGACAUUUCACACAAAAAUGAAACCAUUCGUCGUGGAGGGUGUCGUCUGUCGGAGUGGAAACGCUGAGAAUUCUCUUCUUCUUUUUCUUCGCAUUCAUCUCCUUCUUCUUCCUUCUCUUCUCAUACUCCCUCGCCUUUUUUAUUUUCUCCUUCCUAUCCUUCUUCUCCCUAUCCAUUUCAUUUUCUUCUUCUUCCGCUUCUCUUUCUCCCUCACCUUUUUCAUCUUCUCUUUCGCCUCCUUCUUCUUCCACUUAUACUUCUUUCUCUUCUCUCUCACAUUUUUAAUCUUCUAUUCUUCUCUUUCCUGUCCCUCUUCUUCGUCUUCCUUUUCUUUUUAUUCUUCCUCUUUUCCUUCUCCUUUUCAAUCUUAUCUUCUUCUCUUUCCUGUCCUUCUUCUUCGUCUUCCUCUUCUUUUUAUUCUUCCUUUUCUCCUUCUCCUUCUCCUCCUUCUCCCUCUCCUUUUUAAUCUUCUCUUCUUCUCUUUCCUGUCCUUCUUCUUCGUCUUCCUUUUAUUUUUAUUCUUCCUCUUCUCCUUCUCCUUUUUAAUCUUCUCUUCUUAUCUUUCCUGUCCUUCUUCUUCGCCAUCCUUUCCUUAUUAUUUUUCCUCUUCUCCUUCUUCUCUUUCUUCUUCUCCUCCUUCUUCUCCUUCUCCUCCUCCUCCUUCUCAUUCUUCACCUCCUUCUCCUUCUUGUCCUUCUUUUUCUCCUUCUUCUUCUUCUUCUUUUUCUUUUCCUCCAUUACCGGCAGUUGGACUGUCCCGAAAUCGGACGAGCGGACGAGCAGACGAGCUGGAAGGUGCAGUCCAGUCUCGUUGA